AUGGCUGGAAUACAAUUGGGAUUGGAAGAUAUGCCGCCGGUCACAAAGUUCUAUUGUGGAGCUUGUGUUUUGACAACAAUUGCCGUGGUAUGUGGAAAUUUAAGCCUAAAAAAUUGAAUAAUGAUUUUUUUUGCAGCAUAUGGGAUAUGUUACACCGUAUCAAUUAUAUUUCAGUUGGGAUCUUGUUGUUCACAAGUUACAGGUGAGAAAUUUUGGCGCCUAAAACCCACGUGGAAUUUUUCGUGCUAAGAAACCAUGUGGCAAAUAGAAAAUUUCAAAGAUGUUUGUUUCAAAAUUCCACGUGGCAACUUGAAAAUUCAGAAAUUUCAGCACUAAAAAGCCACAGUUCAAAAAUGUUGAUUCCGGAAUCCCUGUGGCAAUUCGGGCUUUUUCAAAAUAGUUCCCCGUUUUUUUUAAAAUUCAUUUUCAUUUCCGAAAAAAAUUUAUCAAAAAGUUGUUGUUCUUUUAUCAAAAUUCAAUUUCCGAUCACAUAAUUUGAAUUUUAGAGCAAAACUACAGAUUUCUCAACGAAGCAUACCUUCAAUAUAUUUCUUUCCAGCUAUGGCGUCUUCUUUCGUCGUUUUGUUUCUAUGGUCAAGCUGGUUUCUCAUUUCUCUUCAAUAUAAUAUUCACAUAUCGUUAUUGUAUGAUGCUAGAAGAAGGUUCAUUCCGUGGAAGACGUGCUGAUUUUGUGUUCAUGUUCAUGUUCGGCGCAAUUCUUAUGGUUAUUUGUGGAAUUUUUGCGCAAAUGCUUUUCUUGGGACAAGCUUUCACAAUUAUGUUGGUUUAUAUUUGGAGCCGAAGAAAUCCUGAUAUUCAGGUCUGUUGGAUUUCUUUUUGAUUGUGAAAUUAAAAAAAAAAACAAAAAAAAAAAUUUCAGAUGAACUUUUUGGGAAUGAUAGCCUUCAAUGCUCCAUAUCUACCAUGGGUUUUGUUGUUCUUCUCACUUUUGCUUGGCAACAAUGCGGCUGUUGAUUUUAUGGGAAUCGGAUGUGGACAUAUUUAUUAUUUCUUGGAGGAUGUGUUUCCAUAUCAGGUAAAAAUAAAAAAGAAAAAAAGAAAAUGGAGAAUUUUUGAACCCGGCCCAAAAUGUGAGCUGAUAAUCCACGUGGUACAGUUUUGAGCUCAAAAUCCCCAUUAAGAAAUUUUCAGCUCGUUAAUCCACGAAGCUCAAUUUUGAGCUCAAAAAUCCUCGUGGCUCAAUUUUGAGCUCAUGAAUCUACGUUAAAAUAUUUUAGCUCAACGUGACCAAAUUCGAGCUGAAAAUUCAAGUGAAGAAAAUAAUAACUGAAAAUCCACGUGGCACAAAUUUGUGUGCAUAAAUACAUGUAACAGAAUCUUGAGCUCAUAAAUCCACGUGGCAACUAUUUGAGCUGAAAAUCCAUGUUGUACAAUUAGGAGCUCCAAAAUUCACGUGGCACACUUUUGAGCUCGUGAAUCCACGUGGCAAGAAUUUGAGCUCAAAAAUUCACGUGACGAAAAAUCGAGGUGAAAUUCAACGUGGCCCAAAUUUGAGCUGCAAAUGUUCAUUUUUAAUUUCGUUAGUUAAAAUUCCAGUGCCAUGUUUCAGUUAGCUCUUGAAUAAAAAUACAGAAAAAUUAUGUUAGAAAAAUUAAUUUCAAUCAAAACCCUAUUCAAAAAAUUCCCGAGAUUUUUUCCCCAAUUAAAUUUCAUUCAGGAACACGGUGUUCGACUUCUCAAAACUCCCCGAUGGUUGACUUGGAUAUUCGAAGAACGAGCCCCUGAACCAGUUGCUGCAGAAGAAAGACCAGGAGGUUUCGAAUGGGGAGCCAAUGAACAAUAA